CUUUCUUUUUUCCUUUAAAAUUAAACAAAUUAGGAAAAGAAAUUAACGACAACACACUUGCUCUGUUGCUUUUUGAUUUCCUGAAUAUUUGUAAAGUGGGGGAGAAAGAGAAGUGGUGGGUGGUGGGAGAGCAAGACUGGAAAAAGAGACCCCUCUGAAAUCAGAAAGAGUACCAAGAGAAAAAGAGAGAGAGAGGCCCAUCACCUCAUUUUCAGAGAUAGAUUGAACAACAUUUUUUGCUUUAGUUGUUGGCUUUUACAUGUUCUUCUGUGAUGGGUUUUCUCUGAAUUCUCUUCUUCAUUCUCCAUUAGUCCAUAACACCAUGAUUACCAACCUCUUUGCUCUCUUCUUCUUUCUCUCCUCUGCUUCACUCUGUCUUUCCUAUGAACCUCGCAACCAUGAAGUGGUGGCUUUGAUAAACCUGAAGAGCACUUUGAAUGAUCCUCAUGGGGUUUUAACCAACUGGGAUGGAGACUCUGUAGACCCAUGUAGCUGGGCUAUGAUCACUUGCUCAUCUGAGAAUGUUGUUGUAGGCCUAGGAGCUCCAAGCCAGUCUCUGUCUGGAACUUUAACUGCGGCUAUAGGAAAUCUCACAAAUCUUCGACAAGUGUUGCUGCAGAACAAUAAUAUAUCAGGUAAACUCCCAGCGGAGCUGGGUACUCUUCCCAAGCUUCAAACUCUAGAUCUCUCCAAUAAUCGAUUCUCGGGUGUCGUCCCAGACUCUCUGGGUCAGUUGAGUAGUCUGCAAUACCUGAGGCUGAACAACAAUAGCUUGUCUGGGGUUUUCCCUGUGUCUUUAGCCAAAAUCCCUGCGCUUGCUUUCUUGGACUUGUCUUAUAACAAUCUUAGUGGACCAAUACCCAAAUUCCCAGCCAGAACUUUCAAUGUUGUCGGUAAUCCACUGAUUUGUGGAAGCAGCUCCACAGAAGGAUGCUCUGGAUCAGCCCCUGUCCCUCUUUCGUUAUCACUAAAACCAUCACCUGGAAAAAACAAGUCCAAGAUAGUAGCAAUUGCACUUGGGGUGAGCUUGAGUUGUGCCUUUCUCAUGCUCCUAUCACUUGGAAUCCUCUGGUACAGAAAGAAGCAGAAGAGCCAAACCAUUCUGAAAUUCAGUGACAUUCAAGAAGAGGGACUUGUGAGCUUAGGCAACCUCAGAAACUUCACUUUCAAAGAGCUUCAAGUUGCCACGGACCAUUUUACCUCCAAGAACAUACUGGGUGCUGGAGGUUUUGGGAAUGUGUACAAGGGAAAGCUAGGGGAUGGGACUAUGGUGGCAGUGAAACGACUCAAGGAUGUAACAGGAACAGCUGGAGAGUCACAAUUUAGGACAGAAUUAGAGAUGAUAAGCCUAGCAGUGCACCGGAAUUUGCUUCGGUUAAUUGGAUAUUGUGCUACUUCUAAUGAGAGGCUUCUGGUGUACCCGUACAUGUCCAAUGGCAGUGUCGCCUUCAGGCUUAGAGGAAAGCCAACACUAGAUUGGAACACAAGGAAGAGAAUAGCAAUUGGAGCUGCUAGAGGUCUUCUGUAUCUACAUGAGCAAUGUGAUCCAAAGAUUAUACACAGAGACGUGAAGGCUGCAAAUGUGCUCCUAGAUGACUACUGCGAGGCAAUUGUUGGUGAUUUUGGCCUUGCAAAGCUCCUCGACCAUGCUGAUUCUCAUGUGACCACUGCUGUCCGUGGGACUGUUGGGCAUAUUGCACCAGAAUACCUUUCUACUGGUCAAUCAUCUGAAAAAACUGAUGUUUUUGGAUUUGGCAUUCUCUUGAUAGAGCUCAUAACUGGGAUGAGAGCUCUGGAGUUUGGCAAAACAGUUAAUCAGAAAGGAGCCAUGCUUGAGUGGGUGAAGACAGUACAACAAGAAAAGAAAGUGGAGCUCUUGGUGGAUAGAGAACUGGGGAACAAUUACGAUCGGAUUGAGGUUGGUGAAAUGCUGCAAGUGGCUUUGCUAUGCACUCAAUACCUACCAGCUCACCGCCCCAAGAUGUCGGAAGUGGUCCGGAUGCUUGAAGGCGAUGGACUAGCGGAGAAGUGGGCUGCGUCACAUAAUCAUAGUAAAUCCAACAUGGACCUCUUCCAUACUCACAACAGUAGCAAAAGCACUCCCCACAGUACUUGGAAUGCAUCGAAACAUGAUGGCAGUGAACGCAUGUUUGGCACAUCUAUGGAUGAGGAUGAUGAUGAGCAUUCCUUGGAUUCCUAUGCCAUGGAACUCUCCGGUCCCAGAUAGAAUAGAAAGUAAUAUGAUGAAUGAACAUAGAAGAAAAAGGUUGAGAAUUUUUUCCUGAAUUCUUUAUAAGAGAGAUAACCUCGGUUGUGCUUGGGAAGCUAACUUUUGUAAUUCCAGCUUUGUGGGUUUUGUAAAUAUGACUUUAUAUAUAAUCUUAUUAUUAUUAACAUUGUUAGGUUA